AUUAAAGUAUUAUUUCAAGAUUGAAAAUAUGACAAAACCUUAUAAUUCGGACAAACGCAGAAAUAAAGGCGGACCUAAAUCCGAAUGUCGGAUGUAUAAAUGUUUCAAAAUAAGAAGAGAUAAAAAGGUUUUAUGUGACAGUUGCAUACGUGACAAUUUUGGUUCAAAGCAUCCUUGGUGCAAUGAAUGCGAUAAAUGUCAAAGUGUUCCAUUGUGUAAACGUUGGCCACCAAAUCAUGUAUCAACCGGCGAUAAAAACAUUGAUGAAUACAUAAACAGCGUACAUUUAAAUUCACGUGAUCCUUUAGAUCGGAUAGAAUGGAUUGAUAUCAAACAAUUUUCAGACAUAAAGUUUUUGGCGGAAGGCGGGUUUGCUAAAGUUUAUUCAGCUAAAUGGAUUGAAGGUCCGCUAAAAUAUGACAACUCUAAAGUUCCAAUAAAAGAUACACAUUAUCGACGCUUCCACCCUGUAAUGAGAAUAAUUCAUAAUACCAAGGUUGUCUUAAAAUCUAUAAAAAAUUCUAAAAAUAUGUCGAAAGAAUUUUUAAAUGAACUUGAUGCUCAUAGGAAAUGUAUAGGAACAAACGAUAAAGGCAUAAAUUGCUACGGAGUCACCUUUAUUCCGGAACAGAAUGAAUAUGCCUUCGUACUUAAAUAUGCGGAAAAUGGCAAUAUCAGACAAUAUAUACAAAAAGAACACGAAAAGUUAACGUGGUAUCGACGAGUUAAAUUGUUGGAAGGAGUAGUUGAUAAUCUAAAAUGCAUACACUCAAAAAAUUUUAUCCAUGGUGAUCUUCAUAGUGGAAACGUGCUCAAAGGAAAAUUGGUUUUAGAAG